UAACAAAGAUGGAGGCGACAAAUGGACGACCACCGAAGGGCUCCUCUUUUCCGAUUUACUCCUUCAAAGAAGAUUGGCCGUCAAAAAAGCAGGCCGAUUUGGAAAGGGAAAUUUCAACCAGCAAGGACAAUGGAUUGAAUGCAGAUCUCUUAAAAGCUAACUCGAGUAAAAGGAUUCAGGCACCAGGGGACUCGUCUGAACAGAAUGAAGCUAAGAAAUCCAAACAAAGAAAUUCCAAUUACCUUUCUCGCCGAUCAGUCGUACCUUUGUCAAGUGACGAGAAACUUGAAAAGAUGCCUAUUCAAGCUUUGAACAGGCGACUUCGCAAACUUCCUCAAGGACUGGCUCAAAAAUUUCGAAAGCGAAGGCGAAUCUUAAAGAAUCGAAAGUACGCUUCGAAGUGUCGAAAGAAAAACACAUCAAAGGAAGAGAAUAUCAUCCAAGAAAAUAAAGAUCUUCAGCUGGAGAUAUCUAAAGUAAAAGAGGAAUUGGAAAAGGUUGUCAGCGAGAAAAACGAUUUUAAAAUGAAAUGUGGGGCACUUAAUGCGAAGUUGGUCGCUUGGGGUUGGAAUCAAGGCAGUGACGUCGUUUAAUAUCUCCUUGGAUCCCUUCAUUCUCUAGCAACGGCUGGAAUGAUUUCUUUAUUUAUAGAUACUAGCUCUUAGCCAUGUUUUUAAUGAGGAGGGAGAUUAUUAUUAGUAGAUAUAGAUAUCGCGCUGGUGUAGGAUUCUUCCUUCAGUAAAUGGCAAUGCGAUUGCUGUUGUGUUAUUGUUGGACUGUGAGUCAUGGUUACCUUAUACAAUAUUCGAGAUCGAAACUCUCCGAAAAUAGAUUUAACGAGAAAUUUAAUUCCCUGCGUCGAUCAUAAGACACAGCUAAGCUGCCAUUUAAGAGGCACUGAUAUCAAUAUAUAUUUUUCACUUCGUGUUCUUCCAAAAUGAAGGAAGUUGUAGUUCAUGAUUAUUCCUUAAAUUAAAUUAAGGUCUGAAAUCUAAUUUCGCGUCGCGUGUAAAUAGAAGGUAAACCAGAAUCGAUGACUCGCAGUUCUAAAAUUAAAGCAGAAGUUGUUUUUUUCAAAUGGGGUAAUUUUAGACAGAAGAAAGUUGUUUGGAAUACACGAGACUAAAGAAGGGGAAGCAGGAAGUUUUUUGGGUUGAUGUGUACUCUCAGCUUUCAAGUUCUGUCAUAAUGGUGACUGCAACCCGUUUCAGAUAGGGUCAGAUAAAUUAUAAUGCAAUUAUAGUCAGAGCAUCAAGUAUAAUGCCAGCAUAAUGGCUAAACUUCUUAAAAACGAACCGAAUGUUACAGUCAAAAGGGACGAAUUCACUGUCAGUAUAGUGUGCCCUGAACUUUGGUAGGCCUGUUAUUCUUAGCAGGUUUUAUCUGUUUGAGAUGGAAAUGAGGAGUUUAGGGGGUGAGGGGAUCUUAAAAGCUAUUAUUUUGAAUUAUCAAACUAAGCAUAAUACAAAAUUCUGAGUAUGAAAGUCGGCAUAAUGCUCAAAUUUUCGAGCAUGAUUUAUCUGACCCUAUUUUCAGACGUCAAGCAACUCAUCAUGAACAGAGUUUAAUUCGAAUACGGAUUGAUCCAGAUGUGCAAAAACACGCCUAUUGAUCCUGAUGUCAAACUUGAUUAACCGAUCAUAAUGCAUUUCUUAGGGUUUCAUUGGGUUUGUAUUUCUUAAAUUAUGACAAAACUUUCUGUCAACUUUGUUUACGGCCCUUGCAGGUGAGAGAUAGACAGAUUGUCCUGAAGCUGGCUUAAUCGCGGACUUGUUUGUCUAUGCCAGUCUCGCACGAUCUCUCCGAAUUGGUUCGUUGUACGAGACAGUAUUUGUGUCUACUUUGAUACAUCAAUUUUCCCAGCGGCAUUGUUAGUUCAUUCCUCUGGUCUUUGGGUAUAUUACAUUCGACCCUGAACUUCAGUUAAUCGUGUAAUCCUUAAGAUAGCAACGUUAUAAGGCUUGAAAGUUUCUCUGUACAUUAUUUCAAUAACAUGUUUGUUGAUUAUCAUCAUAGCCUUAAAUUUUACAAUUAUUAGUUUUGAUCGGAGCACACUUUCCCCUAUGGAGAAUUCGGUGUCUAAUAGAUCCUAUGUGACUGUGACAAUUUGCUUUUCCAUGUUUUGUUUACUGCCUCAAAAUAUAAAUAAGAAAUAUGUUAAUACAUUUACUCUUACCGA